AUGUGAAUUUGUAGACACUUUCUCGAGGGGAGAUUCCUACCGAAAUACGCUACAUAAAUAUAUUUCCUGUUGCUCUAACUGCUUACACUCAUUUUGUCGUGUUAAUACAGCACUGCGAUAAAUGCGCUUGAAGGUCCUUGGGCUUUUUCUUCCAAAAAAGCAGAUCUAAAACUUUCUGUGUUUUCAAUUAACUUACAAAAUAUUAAAGCGCGAUUUCACGUCAACUGAUGUUAUUUGGCAAAGAUUGGUUUUCCCUGUAAAAUUCAAUUUCAUCGCGAUUGCGGGUAUUGCUUUGCAGAGAUCAACCUAAUUUUAUAAGUUAUUACUGAUUACUGAGCUGUGAAUGUUCACAGCGAAAUUUACGAUAAAUUACUUAAGUUCUUGCGACGUGCUUAGUAUACCGAGAAGCUCGGCUAUUCACUAACACAAGUUGUUACCUGUCAGUUAUUAAUCCAAUUGGCACACUGACGUAUACUUAGGUGGAUUGACAUGGGUAAGAAAUUCAGAGGUUUCCAGCGGACGUUGUUUUUCUGCAAGUACAUCAGUGUUGUUAAGCCAAAAUAUCAUCAACACCCACUUCCGUUCUACCUCAUCACCGACCGAAAUAUCCACCUUCUACGCUGAAGUUAUCGACUGUAGUAUAUUGACAUGUCAGAUUAAACUCAGCGUAAUUGUUCUCAUUAUGAAUGAAAAUAUCGUAUGUGACUCUGCCAUAUUUUGAUUACAGGUACAAUAAAAUAUUUGCUAAGUUUUCAUUGCUGUAAACAUCCCUUUUGUUCGAAGCUGAUUAAUGUUUUCUUGGCCAAAUGUCUCACCACAUAACUCCACCUUUUACCUGUAACAUAUAUUUUAUCCGCAAAAGUCUUUCUCAAGCAAGAAUCUAAACUAAAUAAACCAUUAUUCAACCAUAUUUUGACAGUCCCAGCUGCUAAUAAUUCAUAGAGAUACAAAAAAAUCAUGUCACCUGAUAAUUCUAGAAGAAAGUAGCUUUUUAUACACAAUGCUUGAUGAUUUAGUUGUUUUCUUACUUUUAAGAAAGAAAAAUAAUAAAUUGUUAAUGUCGGAAUCAUGUUACCAUAAGCAAUAUUCACAGAAAAUGCUAUCGGACAAAAAAGGAGUAUAUUUGUGAAUUUUUAUUGUUUUUAAGGAAACAGAAUUAAUUUCUUUAAUGAUAUUGCGAGAACACAACUGAGAAAUGCAUUCAAAAUGUUCAUAGUAAAACUGGAAACAAUUGUUGACUACCAUGACUGCAUAUUUAUGGCUUUUUCUUCAAGACAAAUAUAAUUUUGUAAUAUAUAUAUUACGUUAUAUUACAUAUAUUUAAUCUCCUGAUUAGGUUCCAUUGUUUCAACUUGUUUCUAAUUUUGUGUAAAGAUACCAAAUAUGUAUAAAUCAAACAUUAUUAUUCUUAAUCAAUUUCAUUUUUAACUAAUGAAGCUAUUUAACUCUGUGAGAAACAUUUUUUGAAGAAGCUUCUUAUAUUUUAGUAAAUACAUGCAAGAAAAGCUAGAGGUGGUCAUCUGAUACAAACAAACCUCUUUUGACUUAACCAUCCCUUCAAUUUGAGCAUAUAUGAUAGAUUGCUAUCAAAAGCCAUUAUAUUUGGAGGACGCUCUCAUCAUGAAUUGGCUAAAAAAAUUGAGCUUCCCAGACUUCUUCUUUAGACCCUGCUGAAGGAUUUUUACUGCCCCUAAGCACCCAGGUUCCAGGAACAGAACACCUUAAGCCAAACUUCUUCCCUUCUCAUCAAUUUCCAGUCUCCUUUGGAAAUCCCACUUAUGCCCAGGCAUGCUGUUGAUAAUGUUUCUAUAUCAUAAUAAGACUGAUAGUAAACGAAUUCAGAUGUAUAAUGACAAAAGAGACAUGAUAUAUAUUUAAUUUCUUAUAAAUAACAAAUUGUUGGUAUGAUAUUGGUUUUACUUAAUCAAAGCAACCCUAAGCUUGUUUUUAUCUCUGAUAGUUGCUGAUUUUAGUAUAUGAUAUCUGAAGCUCAUUAAAAAUGCUAAAAACACUUGUGUAUUUGUGUAUAUAUUUAUAAAUGCUAUUUGAUGUAUAGAACAAGGUGGUUCUAAGCUGCUUCUUCCAGUUCCAUGCUUAGUGCGAUCAUCAGAAUAGGUGUUAUACCACAUCUUACACUUAUGACAAACUGGUAAACAGUAAUUUUGAAUAUAUUUAUAUAUAUAGAUAUAUAUACAUAUAUGUAUAUACAUCCAAAUAGAAUUUUGGCAAAAAAAGUAAUAUUGCCUUUCAAGCUAUCCCAUUAAGAAUGAUACCAAAGGCAAAUGCAUAUUUAUAUGCAAUUUAUUAUUUGAGUAAAUUAACAUUCUUUUUUUCAUGAUUAUUGCCCUUCUAUGAAAUGCAUCAUUAAGAUUUCUUAUUGCUUAUAUUUUGGUUACAUUACAUCAAUUGUAUAGUGAUUAUACAAGAAAAUUAUACUUUCUCUGUAACUUUAUAGAAUUAGUUGUCAAGCUUAUGUCAAAAACAAAUAAUAAGUGUAUGACUUGAAGAAUCUGCAACAAGCUCUGGCAUGUUCACCAGCACUAUGUUGAAACUCAAAGGACAUUUACAAAAGGAAACAAACAUUUGGAUAAGUUGGAAUUGGCUGGAUUUAUCUCUUCAUGGAGGCUUUCUUCUGAAAUUUGAUUCCCAUUGUUAAAAUCUGAAAUUUGAUUCCCAAUGUUUAUUUUCUGACAAAUUUUCUUGUCCAGCAUGUCUGCUUAUAUUGCUCUAUAUGUCACUGACUGUUAAGCAAACAAACAUGUUCAAGCAUGCUUGUGAAGAAUCUUGCAGAUAUCAAGCUGUUGCCAUUAGGAUAACUUGAAAGACAAUAUAUGAAACAUUCUAUUCCCAGACAAUUGGUGUGACUUUCCCACCUGUCCAGAAAAUGUACAGCAAUUUUCCCAAUGCUAUGGCAUCUUGUGAACUUUUUCCCUCUUUGUCACCUCUUUAUGCAUUGAAAUUGCUUUUAAUAAUGGUUGAAAAGUGUCAUUGCUGGGCUCUAUAUUUUGAAAAUAAAACCACUCUUCAAGAUGACAAUCUAUUUUAUGAAAAGAAACACCUAAGUUUGCAUGUUGUUUCAGCAUUAAAAUUUCCUGAUGUUGAUGAAAAUCAUUUCAGUGUACAUUCAGAGCUAACUAAUUGUUAGUUUCAAUAUCAUCUAUUUAUCAAUGUUUGAUUCUUCAUGAUAUGUUGCCUGUUUCUCAUGUUGACUUGUUGUUAGUUCCUCUUCUAAAUAAGCUAGGACUUGUUGUUUGCUUUGGAAGUGAUCUGACCAACCUUAUUAGUCUGUGUCCCUUCCGAUUCUGAUUUCGUUUCUAGAGGCACCAUAAAUAUGUAGAGGAUAUACCAAAUGAAAAAAUAUUUCCUGCAUAUAAUAAUGUGAAUUUUAAUUUUUGCAUUACUGUGUGAUACUAUUGUGGAAUGGAUUCAUUUGAGUUUUAGAUUUUUCUGAGGUUUUUAAAGAGAAGCGAAAAUUUGCUUUAAAUAUUGAUGGCAAGUGGGGAAAAGUCUUUGAGUCUUAUGCUUGUUAGGUGAAAGAUGUAGAGAAUCCAAUAUAAUCUUAUAUCACUGCCUUUCUAUUGCAAAGAGUUUCCAUGCAAAACAAUUCAAAAUUCUGUGCACAAUGUUGACUUCUGAUGCCAAGUCUACACACAAUUAUGGUCAGAAUCUUUUGCUUGUUUUAAUUCAUGUUUUAGAAUUAACAAACGCGAAAAUAAAGCCUGCGGCUAUAACUGGUGCCUGGAAUGAGACACCACCUAUGCGAUAUUUUAUUGAGAAUAUGAAUAAUGAAACUUGUACGUUGAGUAAACAUAGUGAUUAAGGAAUCCAUGAUCUUUGUGGUUUCAAGACGUUUUCUUGCGUUCCUUAAGUAUGAUGAAAUCCCAUAUUUUCAAAGCAUCUCAGCUUCAAUACAAUAAAAGUCAGUUGGCAUCGCUAUAUUUUAUUAUACAUUUAACCGCACAUUCUGAAAUAGUGUCUAGAUUUUUCAUGUAGCCACAGGUACCAUAAUCCUCCAUCAUUUUCGGACUUUUUCAUCUCCGUUCCUCUGCCAACAGUAAACUCAAUUUAUCCAUAGUGAAGGAGUUUUGUGGCUAGGUCUCCUUUUCCAUUAACAAAGAAAUUAUGUUUCAAUGAAAACACAUGCUAUAUUAAUGACAAAUCUGUCUGAAAGGUAUAUCUGUUUUCUGAAAAUAUUCGUUAUCGCAGGUUUGUUUUAUCAGGACAAAUAUUUUGUGCUUGAGCAUAUGAACCCAAAGUAUCAAAAGCUCUAUCGAAUGACAAGCGUAAGACGCAGUUUCUGGAAAAAAAUUCACGCCUUGUGUUUUCCCUCUCUGUUUACUUUCAUCCCUUGUAAUUUUUAUCCUACAAAACUUACUCUCGAAUCCAGAUUGUCCUAGAGCAAACAGUAACAGCAAUCUUACAAUCAUUGUGCAAGCAAGGUUGUCUUUUCAUAAUGGCAUUUUAGACUAUGUCAAUAUUUAAAUCAAAAUCCAGGUUUUUGUAGACAGUAGGAGCUCAUUUUCUCACUUGGACUCUUCAAUCAUAUGAAGGGUUAGUAGUCCCCGAUUGGUAAAAAACAAGAAACCAAUCAAACGCGUCGUUCUUCCUCUCGCCCUACAUUCGAUCAACAUUGGGGUAUAAAUUUUUGUCCAUUCUCUGAUCAUUUUUCGAUCCUGCGUGCCCCGAGAAAUGUCAGAUGAAAGCACUCAAGUAUGAGACACAAUUUUGCAACUUUUGUGUAGUCAUAGAAUACCAAAAUUGUUGUAAAUUAACGAAUACUUUUAAGGUCAUUAUUUUUAAGAUAAUUCCUUCUCUUAGUCUUAGCUAUUCUUAUUUAAAAGCUCCAACUUCUAAAUACAGAAGAUACUGAACUCUAAUUCAGCUUUUAUUACAGGGGUGUUGAGCCGUAGUUUAUUUAUGAUUACCUUUUAUAUUUGGUUGGGUAUUAUACUCAUUAUUUUCAAGAGCAUCUGUGUAAUAGAGAGUCAAAUUGACAGAUAGACAGGCACAGUUUUGAUUUUGAUGGUUCCCAGAAAUUUGCUUUAGUGAUUUUAACUCCCCCCCCCCUUCGGCUCUGCAACCAAGCUAGGUUAUACUAUCCUUUAUCCGAUCAUUGGGGUCUGGUAUUGAGUGCAAGCGAAUUGAGCGAAACCUCGACAUUAUCCGACGGGUUCAUAAAUGUACAGGAAAGGCAAAUUGAUAUGUUUUUAUUUCAAAUUAAGGAAGGAAUUUUUUGCAAUGGGGUGGUUGAUUCUAUCUUGUUCAAGUUCCUGUUAUUAUCUAACUGUGUCUAAGAAUAUUCCUUGAUAUAUUAGCUAUCCAAACUGACAUUGCCAGCAAUAUGCUGGACAGGAUCAAACAGAACAUUACAUUUUUUGUGUGUGGUUUAUUUCCUUCAUAACGUCAUGUUAGGAUUACUUAUAUCUACAUCGUGGGAGUUGUUAUUCUAUUAAAUGUGUGAGAAAAUAUUUUGUGGCUUGGCAGAAUCUGCAUCAAUAGUCUUGGCAUUUUAUUUCAUUUGAAGGUAUUUAGCAUAUUUCCAGUAAAUGUUAGCAACGAAAUUUUGCUGGUGUGAGCUGAAUUAAAAAUGACUGGUUUGGUCUCGACAAGCCAUUUUAUAGUAAGCUUGUCAACGCUUCAUCCCUUAGGCUGUGCUUAGCUAUCCAGUAACGCAUUUCCCAAUCAAGAUCAUUUUUUUUUCAAAGAAAUUGUAGCUGGAUAAUUGCUCUGUUUGAGAAGUAUAUUUCUGACUAAGCUAUCGGUAACUCUUUUUUGACUCCGAACUCCUGAAACUCCAAAGCUUACAAAUGAGAAAGCUGCCUUUCCCGUUUCUAUUACUGAUAAUUCCCUUCCCCUAUCUAUUUUUCUACGUGUACAUUUUCUACACUUCCCAUUUUGUAGCAAAGUACACCGGCCGUUCAAUGUUUGAAUGUUGAAAAGCCCAUGUUCAGUUGUUCUUUGUGCUGCCAAUUUUUCGAGAGUAACAUGGAUUAUUGUCGCUUUUAAUCAAGGCUUUCCCAUGAAGCUGUCGCGAAUUGUUAUGAUACGGUUAUUGGUUAUUGAUUUACUGUGUUUAGAUAACCUCAACCGGUCCAUAAAUCAUAUGAAACAGUUUUGACUAAUGGUUCCUUGCGCAGUGCUCUUCUUUGAUGUUGAAGAGCACACGAUCCAAUCGUUAUUUAUUCUCAAACGUUCAUAUUAACUAGGUUUAUCUUGUUGCAUGUUAAGCUAUGUCUUUUGCAAUCUGCACAGCGUUAAUGUCGCCUAAUUGCCGUAAUAGGCUCUAGGUAAAUCUUCUUUUUUCACUAUAAACUGGAAUGGUAUGAAGAUCAACCGAAGGAAAGCUAAAGCUGCUGAGCCUCACUAAAACUAAUUGAUUGAAGCCAAGUCCCUUUUUUCUUCAACACCGCCAUUCGCACUUACAUGAGGUAUUGGAUGGCCUGUCUCUGGAUGCCCCAGUGAUUAGGUUGUCUUUGAUGUGCUGUUUAUCGGCGUUUUCAGCUUCAUUUAAAUUUGUUCUUAAACUCGACGGAUUAAUUCUACGUUAUCCUACUAAAAACAAACAAUAUUGCUGCAGUUUAGGUGAAUUGACAAAUCUCAGGAUUGAAAUUUAGUUGAUCAUUUUCCCACAAAGCAGCUGCUUUUGAGAAAAUCUUCAAAUUUUGGGUAAAGCUAAUUACUAAAGAAUAUCCCUUUCCAGAUGCAAUUAUAUCCAAGUUGUUUUCAUCUUUUCAUAUCCAGCCUCUUUAAAAUGUCUUCGUUUGGUUGAGGUUUGUAGCUUUCGCGUUUUAGGGAUGAUGAAUUCACGUAAAAUGUUUUAGAUUAGAACUUGCGGGCGCAUAUGUUUAUACAGUUUAUUGCUUGCCUCGUGGAGUAUUUGUUCUUACAUCAAUCAAAUUUAGAAAAAAAGUCAAAACAUCUGAGUGGAGCAGCCGAAAUCAUGAUUAAAUUCGGCAACAGGGUAACUUCCAUAGUCUGGGAGCAUUUUUCAAAUUGCCACAAGGUUAAGUCAUAAAUCCGGGGUAUGCUGCAGAGCAGGGUUUUGUCUGAACAUUUCAUAUAAUUUCAUUUAUAAUCCUUGCUUUCAUUCAGACAAAGUCACCUAGAAGGCCUAUUUUGAAGUACCGUCUGAAAAGACUAGACAUUAGGGUAUCACGGAACAAUGAACACCUCGUGUCGAGAAAAUAUCUCAUUUCUAGCGAUUGCUAAUGCUUGUUUCCACAGACACUCGAGUCACAAAGCAGUACCUGUGCUAUUGUCUUCAGGAAUGAUAAACCGACUACUAUACUUCAAAAACUCUUUAUGAUGCGAAAAAACACGCCUUUGAAGACCACGCUCCAAGUUUCAUACCACAGGAACCUCUAAUUCUGCUACACGUCUUUUGUUCAGACUUUGGACAUAUGAUAGUCAAGAUAAAGACUUUCUAAGUGUACCUUGGUGAAUUUCAUACAAGCAGAUUUCUUAAUUAUGCUGGGAGAAAACGCUAUAAAAUGGAGAAAAUGGCUGUUUAAAAAUUCAUUCUACUUAGAAGAUCAAAGAAUUUGCAAAAAUAGAACUAAAAUUCAUUUAGACAGCAGAUUGUAACCUCGCAGAUGGGACAGAAUGCUUUUUUUCUCAGUAAAACAAGAAUUGAGCUGUUUUGAAAGAAAAACUUCUUAAGAACUGACAACAGUGUUGCAUAUCAAUGUAAUGUUCUUAAUGGCAACAAUGUAAGAUUCCUAAUGGCAACAAGCUCUUGUGGUCAAUCUGGUUAAGGUGUGCAAAGUUAAAUUGGCUGAAUGCGGUAUUUUGUAAACGAUGGCUUCAGAAUUCUCUUGUUUUACGGACGUUACUUGCAACAUUCUAGGAAAAAAAAUCAUUUCUUUCUUACAUCAAUCAAACUGUUUUCAACUGUGUUCGAACGGGCCUUUCUCAUUUCCAACGAGCGGUCUAUGUGCCUUUAACUUGUAAAGUAUACUCUUGUUUAUCUUGCACAAAAUUGCGUGAACUGGGUGAACAGUUUGCAAAAAAAUGUUAAUUUGCAUAAUUUUAUGUUCAUGCACCUUUUAGUUUAUAUAUUGUGUACUAUUUAUAAUUUGUCGUUUAGCAUAUCGCUUGAUAAUGCUGUUACAGAGUUUUCCAUUAUCUAAAUGAAAGUUUUUGAUAUGAAUCAGCUUCCAGCAGGUCUCAUGGGAAAUAAGCACCUGGCAGUUUAAAAAGUGCACUUUAUAUCUGCAAUUUUGGUGCCUCGUACUAUCCUUCAUCGAUCCUUGAGUGGCCUAAUCGUGUACCUUAUGGUGCCGAAUUCCUUGAUUUUCUGUUCUUUGAUACUCCUAGGACGUUUUCUCAUAGAAUCCUUUAUUUGCUGUGGCUAGUGGACACCACUUAUCUUGGAGAAUACAACUAAAAUUAGUGAUACGACCUGUCUGCUGUCUCAUUGUUUUUAUCUACAGUAUGAAUCGCUUGAACAAUAUCGCAUGUUUCUCUCGCUGUCUUCUGUGGUAUUGUCGCUGUUCCUAGAGCUGUAUUUUCUCAAGGUUGCUUCAUAGUUACGUGUUCAAUUUGUCGAUAGUUUUUCAAGAGUGGAUUGUUUGUUUUUUGCUGCUGUCCUGUACAAGGGCUGUGUUUCACAAGAUGAAGCCUGCAGAUAAUAAGGAAGCAAGCAACUACAGACAAGGAGAAUAUCAUACACAAUGCUUCUUCGAUAGCAUUCCUGCCAAAAUGGGUAGAGAAUUUAAACUGAAUGUUCCGCUUGAUUCCAAGAGACGGCUGAAAGAUGUGCUCAUGGAAUUUAGAGAGGGAAUAUACCCAAAAUACAGCACUGAGAAGCCCAUGGAUUAUGCUGGAUUCAAGCUGUUUAUGUCUUCAUAUCUCGGAAACGACAUCAGUGAUGAGCUCUGCCAGACCCUGUUCUUCACUUUUCAUAAAAAGGUACCGCUCUCCGAGGUUACUUCUCCAGAGCUACCAAGAGCGCUGCUUAAGAAAUUUCUCGCUCACAACUCCGCGUUGUCAGUUGACAGUUUGCACGCACACGGAAAUGAUUAUUUCAGAAUAGCCAAAGGAACCAGAAAAGCAACAAUGGUUGCUACGGCGACAGUCGUUGCUGGGGGAUUUGGGAGCACUGAUCGCAAAGCGGUUUUGUCCGCAGACACCGGCAUUGAAAUGGACAGCGAAUCGGAAAGUACUGACCCAUCAUACAGUACAAGUUUGUCUUUGUUUGAUUCAAAGGCCAAAAGUCUGUCAACCAUAUCAAAGACAGGUGAAUCAAAGAGGAAAGCUUUCUCUGAGUUGAAUUCGCACCCUGGCAGUCAGCAAAGCCACUCAGUGGACGAUGAGUUACUUGACUACAAGAAUCUGCGAUAUGUGCCAAUGGUUUCCAUCAAAGAGAUUGCUUGCUAUUUGUCGCUGCUUGAGGGAUCAAGGGUGGAAGAUAAGUUAGAGUUUGUGUUUAGAGUAUAUGACAGUGAUGGAAAUGACUAUCUUGACCAGCAGGAACUUGAAUCAAUUGUUCAGCAAAUGGUCAGUGUUGCGGAGUACUUAGGAUGGGACACCUCAACGCUAAAGCCCAUAUUUUCUGAUAUGUUGAGUGAGCUUGAUUUCGACUCUGAUGGACAGAUAAGUCUGGACGAGUGGUUAAAAGGUGGCAUGGAGAAUAUUCCUUUGCAAGUUUUGCUUGGCCUAGAUGUGAGAGUAGACGAGGAAGGGAAACAUCAGUGGACGAUGAAGCAUUUCAAGGGACCAGCGUACUGCAACAUUUGCCACGGGGCCUUAUCAGGCUUUGCGAGGAGACAAGGACUUCAGUGCAUUUUUUGCAAGUUCACAGCUCACGAAAGAUGUGUCGCCCGGGUUCCGGCUUCAUGCAUCAAAACGUAUACAAAAUCUAAAAUCAAAGCCCAGAAAAUGGAUCACCAUUGGAUCGAAGGCAAUUGUCCGGGCAAGUGCGACAAGUGCGGCAAAAAUAUCAAAAGCAGCUGCCUAACUGGACUGCGAUGCGCCUGGUGCCAGACCAUGGUUCACAACAAGUGCGUGCCUCACGUUAGCCAAGAGUGUACCCUUGGUCGGCAUCGAGACCAUAUUCUCCCACCAAUAUGCAUGACACCCAUGACUUUGACUAAACAAGAAGAGGAAAGGAAGAACGACGAGGGGAAAAAGAAUUCAGUUAUAAGUUUCGAUGGCAUGGUCAUGCAGAUAAGCCCACUUCCAGGGACACAUCCUCUGGUUGUUUUUGUAAAUCCAAAGAGCGGUGGUCGCCAAGGCGCCAGGCUUCUAAAUAAGUUUCGAUAUCUGUUAAACCCAAGACAAGUGUUCAAUCUGGCUGAAGGAGGACCAUUAGCUGGUUUGAAGUUCUUCUCGCAAGUAUCAAACUUCAGAGUAUUGUGCUGUGGAGGAGAUGGCACCGUUGGUUGGGUGCUUUCCACUGUUGAUCGAUUAACAAGCCUUCGCCCAAAGCCUCCGGUGGCCAUCUUGCCUUUGGGAACUGGGAAUGAUCUAUCUCGAUGUUUAAACUGGGGAGGAGGCUACGAAGGAGGAAGUUUAUGCAAGGUGCUGCAGCGAAUACAACACAGCAACAUCGAUAUGCUUGACAGGUGGAAUAUCGACAUUACGGAGACCGAAAGCAAUGACGCAUGCGUCCCUAUUCCUUUGAACAUACUCAACAAUUACUUUUCAAUAGGAGUGGAUGCCUCCAUCGCCUUGAAAUUUCAUUUGCAAAGAGAAAAGAAUCCUGAAAAAUUCAACAGCAGACUAAAGAAUAAGCUGAGGUAUUUUGAAGCUGGUACUGCGGAGCAGCUUUCGGCAUCAUGCAAACGGCUACAAGAAGACAUUGAAGUCGAGUGCGAUGGGCAGAAGCUAGAUCUACUGAGUGGGCCUAACUUAGAAGGUAUUGCGAUCAUCAACAUCCCUAGUGUCUACGGAGGAGCAAAUUUGUGGGGGGAAGUCGACAAGAAAAAAAGACGACCGAAAGAAAAUGGAGUCAAAGAUGUAAACACAUUGCAGCAAGAUAUUGGAGAUCGCUGUAUUGAAGUUAUUGGAUUAGAGAAUGUUCUUUAUGUUGGUCAGAUCAUUGCUGGUGUUAGACAACAUGGGCUCAGACUAGCACAGUGUUCAACUUUGACAAUCAGGACCAGACGCCCUCUCCCAAUGCAAGUUGAUGGGGAACCAUGGCUCCAAUCACCAGCUUCUAUUACAAUCACGCACAAGAACCAAGCACCGAUGCUGCGCCCACCCUCGCAUUCAAGAAGAGGCUUCCUGGGUAUCAACUGGCACUCUUCCAAUAAGAGAUCAACUGUUGUUGAAUAAUUUCACAGAUGGGUUGUAUCAACCUUUUAAUGCUGAUAUAUCAAAUAAGUUAUUGCAUUCACGUCUAGUUAUAGCUUCGACAAAGCCGCAAUCAGUUGAACAUUGUCAGCAAGUGGCUUCCACUAAAGUUCUAGUGUUAAUUAUUUUGUCUUUUAGAACUUAUAUAAUCAAACUAGAUAGACUAGAACUACUCUACAUUGGAGGGGCUUUUCAGAACCAUUAUUAUAUGAUCGAACUGUAUAAAUAUGCAUGUGUCUGCCUCAUAUGUUGCCUCUUCAGUCCAAGCGGAAAGUAAUGUUUCAAUUGAAUCUCAGAUAUUUUGCAAGAUUCCCCGCCUCUUUCUCAAGGAACGUACGAGGCAUGCCCAUUUGCGGUCAUAUUACUUCCGUAUCCUACGGUCAGAUCUUUUGACUUACUUCAAGCAUCACCUUUGAACAGUAAUGAUGCCAGUCUUAUGUGUUUUUAAUGCGCCUGUAAGUUUAGUUAAUACAUAACUUUAAAAUUACGGGCUAUGCAAUAUGGAAAUAACAGAUAUGCUAAUCAGUUAACAGCGUUAAUUGUAUGUUUUAUAAAUGUUUAUUCCUCGCCAGAUUAAUCGCACUAUUUUAUGUAAUAUAUUGAGUCAGUUACACGCGAACAGUUGCCAGCUAAUGCAGGAAACGUUAAUACUGUCUGCAGGUCAGAGAAACUGAAGAUCGGGAAUGCAUAAUGCAUAUUACCAGUAUAAACUCUUCGACAUUUAAGAAGCAAUUUUUUACGCAUUACUCAUCAUUAUAUCAUAUCAGUAGUUUAUUUUAAUGCUUAGCUUGUUUGACAUUUUCUAUUUAACUUGUCCCAUGAAACGAAGGUUGAAGUGGCUUUCUGGUGGCUCCUAUGAUAUGCUUGAGUUGGUUUUAAUUUGGAGACGAAGCUAACACGUCAAGUAGUUUUCUUUGAAUAACUCCCCCUGGAUCUGCUCUCUUGCAAUUAGAAACCUAGGGGAAGAAAAUAACAAUUAUUAACCUCGAAAACAAUUUUGCUUUGUCUUUUUGUUGUUACCGUCAAAUAAAAUUAUAUUUCUUAGGUGACCUGUCCUUUCCCUUUAAAAGUAACUUUAUUAAAUUCUAUUGCUUAGCCUGUAUUUUUAUAACUGAGGGGAAAAUCUCAUUGAAAGUUGCUACAUUCUUCUUAUACUCAGUGAAAAGCUUGUAAACAGCAUAAGUUUCUUUUUAUUGCCACAUGGGUUAAUUUGAUUCGAAUCAUCAUAGUUUUUCAUAGUUUGCAUCACCCCUCUAUCAAGAUCAUGAUGGAAAUUUAUAUUCAAAAUGAUUUGCUAACUUGCGUUUAUUCAUUCAACCAAAAUCGUAAAGUUAACUGAAUAAAGCCACAUUGAUUUUAGCUACUGCUUUAUGAUCAUACGGUACAGUGGACCAGAAACACAAUAAUUUCUUUUUUUAAUAUAAGCUUGUCGUUCACAUAGAUUAAGAUGUUGUUGCUGUUCGCUGGUGCUAUUCGUUAAUAUACGGAUUGAUUCCAUAUCUGCCGGUCAGCAUUUUACCUAUGUAUUUAAUAUAGUUAAUGACGUCACUGAUAUAUGCUCGUACAGUAUUAAAAUAUUUAUUGCACUGAUAUUAAAGUUGUUGAAUUGUGAUAAUCGUAAAUACUAGUUGUAAAACCUUACUCUGCACAAGUA